AGACGAGGCUUGUGUGAGAGACAAUAAAUUUUAAAAAAAUCAUGUUGGCGGACGAAUGAUGGCGGAAAAGCUGCAAGAUGUUUCCGAUAUCGAGGUUUCUGACGUUGAUGUUUUCAGGGAUACAUCGUUGAGAUACCUAGGAUAUGCCAAUGAAUUUGGUGAGGCAUUCCGUUCCCACAUUCCUCGGUUCAUGUACCUUGGUAGCUAUGGAGUUGCCUCCACCUACUGCCUGGCAGACUCCAUCGACAAAGGGAGGCAAUGCUACCAGGAAAGUACCCAUCUGUCCAGCUACCUUCAGAAACGCAAAGCAGUUGAAACCAUGGUAGAGGCAGCCAUCUGGCAGGGGUUGGCUUCAGUGAUCAUCCCAGGGUUUACAAUCAACAGGAUUUGUGCAGCAUCUAGGUUCACUCUUAGCAGAUAUGCAAGAGGAGUGCCUCCUAAUGCCCAAAUGUGGAUGACAACUAUUGUGGGACUAAGUGCAAUACCCUUUAUUAUCAAACCUAUAGACAGACUGGUGGAUGGUGUAAUGGAUGGAUUAAUCCAUGUUUCACGACAACUUGGUAUCUCUCAUCAACUGGAUCACAGCCACAAGAAAUAAAAACUGAGAAAUUCCACAUGAAAACAAAUUUUUAUGGACAAAUUACUUUCAGCCUUGUUUCCUCUGGCUCUGUAAUGGUGACCACUGGUACUUCACACCGGUUUUCCUUUUGUCAAUAAUGAACUUAUUUAAAGUGUAUCUUGAAUUCCUUUUCUGUCUUAACUUUCAGUCUCACUUUGAAUCUUAGGCAAGGACAUUGAUGUACAUAAAAAUUGCAACAUAUUUUUUUGGGUGAAAAAUUAUGCAAUAUUUAAUAUAUUAAAUAAUAAAUAAAGGCAAUUUGCUGCAAC